AUAUCCUCUUUAUAGCUUUAGCUUCAGUCUGGCGGGAAAUGUUACCGUUGUCGCUGGUGUUCCUUAUUUUCACAUUUUCUUCGGAAAAUGUCACUUACUUUGGAAUACAAAGGUUGCAAAUAGUCAACACGGGACCAUUGCUGUCGAAAUAGCUACAAUGGGAUGUUCGUAAUGUAACCGUAUUACUUAUCGGAUUUUUCGGUACGGAACCUUGGCUUCAACACAGAGUCUUACCGAAUUACGCGGUACACAUUGAGCGAGGGACAGGAAGUGUAACGCCACUCAUUGACUCGGUAAAAAAAAAAAAAAAACAAUACCCAUGCAAGGAAAGCUGUGGCUUAGCGGUAACAUGGCUGGGAAUGCUUUUAAGGAACUCGAAAAGCCCCAUCCGUCCUUAAAGUCUGCGGUGUGGGAACACUUCGCCUUCGCGGUGGAAUACGUCAACGGACAGAGACAAGUGGACAAGAGCAAAGCAGUAUGCCGCCAUUGUUUUGCAGAAAUCGGCUAUGCCUUGGGAAGUACGACGAACUUGUUUAGUCACCUGAGACGGCACCACGGCUACGUGAACAUCGGUCCUCGGAAAACUAGUAACCUGGUUUUAACGAAGACAAGUCAACAGCGAUUCUCAUUAGAGCGAGUCAAUGCCAUAACUAAUUCCAUCGGUGUGUUUCUAGCUGCCGAUUUACGGCCCUUUUCAGUCGUUGAGAACUCUGGCUUUAAACAUAUGAUGGGUGUCAUUGAACCCCGGUACCAAGUUCCUUCCCCCGCCCACUUCCGCCAGAAAAUAAUACCCUCCCUUUAUGAAAAAAACAAAUCUGCUGUGAUGGACCACUUAUCCAGGGCAUCUGCUGUGGCGCUUAUAGCUGAUGGAUGGACUUGCAGGGCUGCUGUGAGCUACAUUACGGUGACUGCCCACUACAUCACCCCUGAGUGGACUCUAGCCAGCCAUGUUCUGCAAACCCGGGUAUUGUGUGAACAAACCAGCACCCACAUUGCAGAGGAACUCAAGAGGAUGGUGUUAGUGUGGAACCUGGAGAGGUCGGGAGCAACAAUGAUUCCAGUAACGACAGACAACGCUGGAAACAUGGCAGAUGCGGUCAGCGAAGCAGGACUCGGACCUCAAAUUGGAUGUUUUGCUCACACAAUUAAUGUCGCUGCCGAGAAGGUAACCGGACUCAACCAAGUUUCGAGAGUCCUCGGUAAAGUCAGGAGAAUCGUGUCUUUUUUUCAUCGUAGUACCACAGCCGCACACUUGCUGGAAAGCAAACAGGAAAUGCUUAACACACCAAAACAUGACCUCAUUCAUGACGUCACCACUCGCUGGAACUCAAGUUACGAUAUGCUGGAACGCUACCUGGAGCAACACACGGCGGCGUACGCAGCGCUGACAGACAGGAGCCUCAAGAGAAAGAAAGAUGUCACCUUAUUGACGGACCAGGAAGUGAGAACAGCGGAGGAAGUCAUUGAGGUGCUGAAACCUCUAAAAGCCAUCACAACGCUCAUGAGCACCGAAUCGGCACCUUCGGCCUCCAUGAUCCUUCCCCUUAAAAGUACACUGCUGAACUCCAUGGAACCUAACGUGGAAGACACUGCAACUGUGAGUGAAAUCAAGGCUGCCAUCAGAGAGAACCUGGAGGACAGGUACACGGCUUGCCAAGACUACCUGCACAAAUGCACAGCCCUGGACCCCAGGUUUAAGGGCCUCCCUCACGUGGACGAGGCCUGUCGUGAUGGGACCUUCAGCGGCUUGAUCACAGAGAUUACUAUCAAGAAAGAAGAGAACGCCGACGCCACGGGGACAACAGCCGUCAGUUCGACUCCAGUGAAAAGAGAACACAACCUUGAAGCUUCUCCCCCGCUCAAAAAAUCCGCAAUGACGGAAGUGUUCGGUGAGCUCUUCAAGGCUCAGGUGGGACAGGAACCGACUCUGCAGCUCCUGGUGAAAGAAGAGGUGGCCGCUUACAGGAUGGUCAGCUGCAUUUCGCUUGAUUCGGACCCGCUUCUUUGGUGGAAGAGCAACGAGCCCGCUUUCCCUCACCUUGCUCAGUUGGCAAAGAAAUACCUCGCCAUACCGGCGGCGACGUCCGUCACCAGCCGGGGUGUGUUUGCUACGGCGGGGGACAUUGGCACCGCCAACGGGUCGGCACUUUCUGAAGACUGUGUGGACAAGAUGAUUUUUCUAGCAAAAAACAUGAAGGCGGAAUCAAACUAAAGUGG